UUUUCAUUUCCUCACUCACUCAUCACUCGCUCCCUCUUGAGUUUGUUGCUGAGUUAGACUCCAUCAAUCCAUCACUACGACAACCAUGACAUCUGUGAAGUACUCCUCUACUUCAUCCUCCCGUUCUUUGGGCGGUGGCCGUUUCAGUAGCGGGAGAGCCCUGAGUGUUCAUGGAGGUGCCGUUAGUCAUGGUGUACGUGUCUCCAGCGGCCCAGCACUCCUCGGCUCUGCAGUUGGAGGCGGCUUUGCUGCAGGUGGCUAUGGUGGAGGUGGCUAUGGUGCAGGUGGUAGCUACUCAUCAAGCUACAGCUCAAGCUUUGGAGGGGCCGGAGGUGGUUUCAGCCUGGGUGAUGCCAUCGAUGUUUCGGCCAACGAGAAGCUGACGAUGCAGAACCUGAAUGAACGUCUGGCUUCCUACCUGGAGAAGGUACGCUCAUUGGAGAAGGCCAACGCUGAACUGGAGCUGAAGAUCCAUCAGUUCCUUGAAGGCAAGACUUCACCCAAGGCCCGAGACUACUCUGCAUACUUUGUCACCAUCAAUGAGCUGCAGAACAAUAUCCAGGAUGCCACACUUGUCAAUGGAGGCAUUUACCUCAACAUCGACAAUGCCAAGCUCGCUGCUGAUGACUUCCGAGUCAAGUAUGAGAAUGAGUUGGCCCUGAGGCAGUCGGUGGAGGGUGACAUCGCCGGGCUGAGGAGAGUCCUGGAUGAGCUGACAUUGGCCAGAUCAGAUCUGGAGAUGAGGAUUGAGGGUCUGAAGGAAGAGUUGGUCUUCCUCAAGAAGAACCACGAGGAGGACCUCCUUGCUGCACGGUCUCAGAUGAGUGGUCAAGUCCAUGUGGAAGUCGACGCCAAACCACAGGAAGACCUCAGCAAAGUCCUCGCAGAGAUCCGUGAGCACUAUGAAGCUGUCACGGCUAAAAACAACCGAGAGCUUGAACAAUGGUUCCAUAGCAAGACUGAGGAACUAAACAAAGAAGUCGCUAUCAGCACAGAGACACUCCAGACCAGCAGAUCAGAGAUCACAGAGGUGAAGCGUACUCUGCAGGGGCUGGAGAUCGAACUGCAGUCACAACUCAGCCUGAAAGCGUCCCUGGAAAACACACUAGCAGACACACAGGCUCGCUAUGCACAAAUGCUAGCAGGCUUCCAGGUGCAGGUGGAGAGUAUGGAGGAGCAGCUGGUGCAGCUUCGGGCUGAUCUCAGUCGCCAAUCUCAGGAGUAUCAGAUGCUCCUGGACAUCAAGACCAGACUGGAGCUGGAGAUCGCCGAGUACAGGAGACUACUGGAUGGAGAAGCUACAUCAAGCAGCAGCACCUCCAGCUCGAGCACCACCAGAAAAGUGGUGACAGUGGUGGAGGAGGUGGUGGACGGCAGAGUGGUCAGCAGCACUUCCAGAGCCAUCACAGAGAAACACUGAGAAAACACAGUGAAUGAGAAGAACACAAACAUCCUCCAAAAAACCUGAAUUACGGCAAUGCGAAAACAUCAAUAAAGUGUUCAAGCUCUUAAA